AUGGCAAGGUUUAGAUAUUUGUCAGCAUCAAGGGAGGUCCUCAAAGGAGCCCUUUUGAUAUUCUGCGUUUACGGGGGAACAGACUAUUCACAGCCAAGAGAGUGGAUAGACUUCGUCAAUAAGCUUGCUGGUGGCAGCCACAUCUACAUAACACAAAUAGGCUUGUACAUGACAGUAAUAACACUGCUUCUGAGCUACUGUGUGAAGCACAUGGGAGCUUUGGCCUUCAAGGAGGUCUAUAGAGACUUUAUCUCAGUCACUCUUCCAAUGGAGGCAUUGGUAACAACAGUCUUCUGGACACUCAACUUCAUAAAUCCAACGCUGUUGAAAAACAGAGAAUUUUACAUGGCAGGCAUUAGAACACCGCUGAUAUGUGAAGUCUCUCUUCACUUAUUUCCUUUUCUUGUCCUCCUUAUAGACCAGGCGGGCGUCGACAUUUACGAGAAAAAGAGGCACUACUUGUUCUUUGGCAUCUUCGGCAUCGUCUACUUCGUCGUCAUCCACCACUUCCAGAAACUUAACGAUUACUGGGUCUAUCCGUUCUUGGGUUACAUGACAAUGCUGAUGAGAGCAGUCUUUGUCUUUGUAGCAAUCCUGCUUGUCAUAUGCUAUUACAAACUGUUUAUGCUGCUCUCCAGGAUCACUAACACAAGAAUGUAUCCCAAGACCCUCAAGAAGAAAUUGCUGUAG